AUGAAACUUUCUAAAUUAUCGAUCUUAACCUCCGCCUUAGCCACGUCUGCAUUGGCCGCUCCUGCCGUUGUUACUGUCACUGAACACGCCCAUGAGGCUGCAGUCGUUACUGUGCAAGGCGUAGUUUAUGUCGAAAACGGCCAAACACGUACAACUUACGAAACACUAGCUCCUGCUUCCACUGCCACUCCAACUUCUACAGCUACAGCUUUGGUUGCUCCCCCUGUCGCUCCUUCCUCUGCUUCCAGCAAUUCCGAUGUGGUCUUGUCUGCUUUGAAGAACUUAGCCUCUGUUUGGGGUAAAACUACCGAUUCAACGACCACGUUGACAUCUUCUGAAUCUACAUCGCAAUCGUUGGCUCAAGCUACUACGACUUCUACACCCGCUGCUGCUUCCACCACUUCCACACCCGCUGCUACCACCACCACUUCUCAAGCCGCUGCUACUAGCUCAGCAUCGUCUUCGGAUAGUGACCUGUCAGAUUUUGCCUCUUCUGUGUUGGCUGAACACAACAAGAAGAGAGCUUUGCACAAGGACACACCAGCUUUGUCCUGGUCCGAUACUUUGGCCUCCUACGCUCAAGACUAUGCUGACAACUAUGAUUGCUCCGGCACUUUGACCCAUUCUGGCGGUCCAUACGGUGAAAACUUGGCUUUGGGUUAUGACGGCCCAGCUGCCGUCGACGCUUGGUACAAUGAAAUUUCCAACUACGACUUCUCGAAUCCAGGCUUUUCAAGUAACACUGGCCACUUUACUCAAGUCGUUUGGAAGUCCACCACCCAAGUUGGUUGUGGCAUCAAAACCUGUGGCGGUGCAUGGGGUGACUAUGUCAUCUGUAGUUACGACCCCGCAGGAAACUACGAAGGCGAAUACGCCGAUAAUGUCGAGCCCCUAGCUUAA